AAACCACAGACCACUUUGAUAUUAUUCCACUGAUCAAUAAUGCCUUUGGCGAACUUGUUUGGAUCAAAGGGGAGGCUGGUGCUGUGCGCUCUCCUUAUUUGUGCCGUAAUCUUCGAGUUAGCUUAUUGUCAAAAAGACGCCCAAGAACAGAGGACCAAUCCAGGAAGGAAAACAAAGCCAAGCAUACCCAAACUUGUGAGAUCAACAAAAAAAGGGCCCAGAGCUGUAACAGCCAAACCCAAGAUCAAAGAUACCCCUGCAGCCCCUGCACAGACCUUCCUCACACAGGUGCUAAACAGAGGGAAGUUUAAGAAGGUGGGAGACACUUUAAGUGUGCAGACAGGAGACACUCUGCAGCUGAGGUGCAGGGGCAAACCUGUGCAGUGGAGCGUCCCAACGUACCUGGAGGAGGAUGAUGAUGGUAGGCUCAGGAUUGUCCAACACGAGCGAUAUGGCAUUCUGACAUUAGUCAACACUACUGGUGCAGACACAGGGGAGUACAGCUGUUAUUCUAUGUACUGUGAAGACACAGACUGCAGGAAGGAGUAUGACAAAGCCAUCAAAGUGUUCGUCUUCUUCCCCGAUCCACAAGAACUAUUUGUCCCGUCGUCUGACUACUACGAGGUGAUUCAGCUGAGAACCAAUUGGCCAACGCUCCUCCCCUGCCAGGUGACGUCACCCGGGGCUAAAGUGUCUCUACACCGCGAGUAUCCACCAGUGGACGUGGCAGUGGACGGGACAGAGAUCUCCUUUAACGUCAAGAAGGGCUUCACCAUUCAUCGACCCCGGCCUUAUCAUGCUGGAGCCUUGUUCUGUGUCGCCAGUCUGGGCAACCUGAGGCAGAGCUCCACCAAGUACAUGCUCAUCUAUGUUAACUACCCCAUGGCUCCUCCUGCCCCAGUGAUACAGGCCUCAUUGAGCUCAGUGACUGUGGGGGAGAAUCUGCGUGUCAGCUGCUCUGUGCUGGGGGAACAGGACGUGGCCGUGGAGUUCACCUGGGAAUACCCGGGACUGCAGAUCGGGAGGCCUCUGUACACACAGGACAGCAUCAGUUCAGUCGGUGGAGGAGCGGCUCGACAGCAGUGUCAGUCUAUCCUCCUGGUGGAUGAGGUGAGGGACGUGGACCAGGGAACAUAUACCUGCACCGCCCAGAACCUGCAAGGAGCCAAAUCCGUGUCCACCACUGUUAAAGUGGUCCCCAAAGCAAAACCCAAGAAGCCCUAAACCAUCAGAACUGGAUGAUAUCCCUGAGAGGGUGGAGAUCAGGUGCAACAUUUUGCUCUGUCAAAGUAUUAAACAGUAUUUUAUGAGACACAUAUCAAUAUAUGUAUAUGUAUAGUGUAUAUCCUGUACACACGACAUCUAUUGCACGUCUGUCUGUCCUGGGAGAGGGAUCCCUCCUCAGUUGCUCUCCCUGAGGUUUCUUCCAUUGU